AUGAACCCCGAAUAUGACUACCUCUUCAAGCUGCUACUGAUCGGUGACUCUGGUGUCGGCAAGUCGUGUCUGCUUCUCCGUUUCGCUGACGACACGUACACGGAGAGCUACAUCUCGACCAUCGGUGUUGACUUUAAAAUCCGUACGAUCGAGCUGGACGGCAAGACCAUCAAGCUCCAAAUUUGGGACACUGCCGGCCAGGAGCGUUUCCGCACGAUCACUAGCAGUUACUACCGCGGUGCCCACGGUAUUAUCGUGGUGUACGAUGUGACGGACCAGGAGUCGUUCAAUAACGUGAAACAGUGGCUGCACGAGAUCGAUAGAUACGCCUGUGAGAACGUGAACAAGCUGCUGGUUGGUAACAAGAGCGAUCUAACGGCCAAGCGCGUGGUGAGCACCGACGCCGCCAAGGAAUUUGCCGAAAGCCUGGGCAUCGAGUUCCUGGAGACCAGUGCGAAGAACGCCGCCAAUGUCGAGAAGGCAUUCAUGAUGAUGGCUGCCCAGAUCAAGAAGCGCAUGGCAAACGCGCCCGUGGCCCCCAAGGCCGGAGUUAAGCUGACGCCUGGCCAGCAGGUCCCGUCCAAUGGCGGGUCGAAGUGCUGCUAA